CUUGAGCUCGAGGCUUGAGCACUGUCUGCACUGCUUCGCUGCUGGUCUGAUCAAUUGUACCGUACUCACCUCUCAAGAUGUCCUUGAUUGCGACAAUAUUUCUGCUUGUGUUUAUCACAGAGUUUGUAUCAUGGAUUGGGCAGUCUUUUCUACUUGAGCUUGCGUACGCGCUAUAUCUACGCAUAUUCUAUGCUGGGACAUUGUCGCGCCAGAAGAAGCUCAAGUCUGAGAUCCUGCUAGACAAGAAAGAGCUGCUGCAGACCAGUGCGCAGGAUGAAUUCGCGAAGUGGGUGAAGCGAAAGAGGAGCGUGGAUAAGGGCCUUGGGGACUUGGAAAAGCUCAAUAGCGAGCUGUCCUCCGUGAGGACGUCCUUCUCGCUCAAGUUCAAUUCGGCUAUAUGGUUCCUCACCGCCGGGGUGCAAUUCAUCGUCGGGUGGUGGUACCGCAAGUCCGCCGUGUUCUACCUCCCACCGGGAUGGUUCGGGCCUCUCAGCUGGUGGCUCGCCUUUCCAUUUGCCCCCGCGGGCUCUGUCAGCUGUGGCGUGUGGCAGAUGGCAUGCAGGCGUGUAAUCAAAAUCGGCGAACGCGUCGUCAAGGAUCUCGCAGAGCCAGUACCGGUUCCGUCGGAACGCAAGGUCAAAGUCGAGUAGAGCGACCCCGCAUCUGGAGAACGUGGGGUUGUGUGGGGGUAUGUUGUUGUUAUCGUGACCCGCCCGUGUAGAUCGUCUGCCCAGACGUGUGUUAGCAGUGCUUGUGAUAAUCCAUGGUUUCUUCGUGUGGUGACGAGGCC